AUGGCCCGGCUUUCUCUAAAGGCCGCCGGCAAUGCUGGGUUCGCCCUCAUCGCCGGCUUGUUCAGCCUCGCUAGCCUGCAACAAGUCUCCGCUGAAGGCGCCAGCAGCUUCCCCCUGAGCGACGUCCAGUUGACACAGAGUCGUUGGAUGGACAACCAGGACCGCACUCUGGCCUACUUGCUCUUUGUUGACCCAGAUCGCCUGCUGUACAACUUCCGCAGCACCCAUCACCUGGACACGCAAGGCGCCCAAACCAACGGCGGUUGGGACGCCCCGGAUUUCCCGUUCCGGUCACAUGCCCAGGGCCACUUCCUCACAGCCUGGGCACAGUGCGCUGCCACGCUCAAGAACGACGAUUGCCUCGAUCGUGUCACGUAUUUCGUCGCAGAGCUCGCCAAGGCGCAAGCCAACAACCAGGCCGCCGGCUUCAGCACGGGCUAUCUCAGCGGCUUUCCCGAGUCUGAUUUCGACAAGCUCGAGGGCGGCACGCUGACCAACGGAAACGUCCCGUACUAUGCCGUCCACAAGACCAUGGCCGGGCUGUUCGACGCCUGGAAGCUGGUGGGCGACGAAACGGCGCGAGAUGUGCUCCUGGCCAUGGCUGGCUGGGUCGACUCGCGGACGAGCAAGCUCUCGGAGGACGCCAUGCAGCGCAUGAUGGGCACCGAGUACGGUGGCAUGAACGACAUCCUCACCCUGCUGUACCAGGAGACCAAGGACGACCAGUGGCUGAAGGUUGCUCAGCGGUUCGACCACGCCGCCGUGUUUGACCCCCUGGCCGAGGGCCGUGACCAGCUGUCCGGUCUCCACGCCAACACCCAGGCGGCGAAGCUGGUGGGCGUCAUCCGCGAGUACCAGGCCACCGGCACACAGCGCUAUCUUGACAUUGCCAAGAACGCCUGGGACAUCAUCGUCGGCGCGCACACCUACGCCAUCGGCGGCAACAGCCAGGCCGAACACUUCCACGAGCCUAACGGCAUCGCCGACUACCUAGACAAAGACGCCUGCGAGACCUGCAACACCUACAACAUGCUCAAAUUCACAAGGGAGCUGUGGGCCAGCAGUCCCGGGGCCCCGUCCGCCAGCUACUUCGACUUCUACGAGCGGGCCUUGCUCAACCACCUGCUCGGCGUCCAGCACCCUUCCAGCGACCACGGACACAUCACCUACUUCACCUCCCUAAACCCCGGCGGCCGCCGCGGCGUCGGCCCAGCCUGGGGUGGCGGUACCUGGAGCACCGACUACGACAGUUUCUGGUGCUGCCAAUCGACCUCGGUAGAAACUAACACCAAGCUAAUGGACUCCAUCUACUGGCACGACGACACCAGCGAAGACCAACCGGUCCUCUAUGUCAACCUGUACAUCUCUUCCAAACUCACCUGGGCCGACAAAGACGUGACCGUCACGCAAAACACCACCAUCCCCGAGACCGACACGUCCACGAUCUCGAUCGAACCGGGUUCCAGCGCCGGUCCCUUCGCGCUGCGCCUGCGCAUCCCGGAAUGGACCACCGCCGACGCACAGGUUCUCAUCAACGGCGAGCAGGACGAUACUGCCGUCAGCGGUGUCGAGCCGGGUGCCUAUGCCACCGUCCAGCGCGAGUGGCAGGCCGGUGACAAGGUGACGGUGCAGUUCCCUAUGGCGGUCCGCACGAUCCCGGCGAAUGAUGAUCCGAAUACUGUGGCUAUUGCUUACGGGCCUGCUGUUCUGGCUGGGAAGUAUGGAGAUUCGACUUUGAAUGGUGUGCCGGGGAUUGAGGUUGAUUCGGUGAAGCGGGUUGAUGGGGGUGGUUUGCAGUUUGAGGCGACUUCGGGGGGGCAGAAGAUUAGCUUGGAUCCGUUUUAUGAUUCUCAUGAUUAUAACUACAAUGUGUACUGGAAGAUUAACUAA